UUUUUCUGUUGUGUCAUUGUGCGCGCGGUGGCUCGCCCAUCUCACCAACCCCCAGAAGCAACCAACCUAACGCUGGUUUAUCGCGGCGCGUCCGACCUUCAAUCCUGAACUCUUGGAAAUUACGAAACCUAAGAGCAGCGCAAUCAUGGGAGUGACGCCAAAAAUUGCACCCUCCAUGCUAUCAUCGGACUUCGCUAAUUUAGCUUCCGAGGCUGCUCGCAUGCUCAAGGAUGGCGCCGAUUGGCUCCACAUGGAUAUUAUGGAUGGGCACUUUGUCCCCAAUCUAACCAUUGGUGCCCCAGUCAUUGAAAGCUUACGAAAGCACACAAAGGCAUAUCUGGACUGCCACCUGAUGGUCACAAAUCCUCUUGACUAUGUUGAACCUUUGAGAAAGGCUGGUGCUUCUGGUUUUACAUUUCAUAUAGAGAUAUCUAAAGAUAAUUGGCCAGAACUUGUCCAGAGAAUAAAAUCCGGGGGCAUGACGCCUGGUGUAGCAUUAAGGCCUGGGACACCAGUUGAAGAGAUUUAUCCCCUGGUUGAAGCAGAAAAUCCUGUGGAAUUGGUCCUUGUAAUGACUGUGGAACCUGGAUUUGGAGGACAGAAAUUUAUGCCUGAGAUGAUGGACAAGGUACGGCUGCUAAGGCAGAAGUAUCCAUCACUUAACAUCGAGGUUGAUGGUGGACUAGGGCCUUCGACCAUUGACGCAGCUGCAUCUGCAGGAGCAAAUUGCAUUGUUGCGGGAAGCUCGGUAUUUGGAGCCCCUGAGCCAGCCCAAGUAAUAUCCUUGAUGAAGAAGAGUGUCGAGAAAGCCCAGCAAUCAAACUGACAAAACACAGGAAAGACUGCUGAGCACAAGUUGAUUUACCCUUACACAGCUUCGCAUACAGAGUUUAUUGAUAUUCUCCAAACUGUUCAAUGUGCUAACAUUUUGACUUGUUAAAUAAACGAGAAGUGGUUUGUUUGUAUUGCUACGUCCACUGUACGCCCUAUGAAGUACAUUAAGGCGUAUUUUACAAUUUGAUGACAAGUGACAUUCUUGUUUGCAAUUGGAUUUGACAAAUAUUGUCACCAACACCAUCUAUAUAAACCAGAGUGAAUAAUUGGAUUUGAUUCUAA